AUGGACGAGUAUUCGGAAGAGCAGCUUCAUCAAUCCAAACAACAUCUAAUCAUCACCGUUUCAAUUGUGUUUAUAGUCCUGGAAGUGGUAUGCGUGGUUAUGCGCUUUACUUCUAAAUUUGUUGAACGGCUGAAGUUCGGCUGGGAUGAUGCUCUCAUGGUUGUGGGCCUUAUCCUCUGCAUUGCCGAUGCGAGCUGCACAAUAGCUGCCGUGAUCUACGGCGGAAUCGGCCUGCAUCAAGAAACCGUCCGCCAGAUCGAUCCUGAGAUGCUGGUGACGGCGACCAAGUUCCUCAUCACCACUCCGCUCCUCUACUUCGCCACCGUCGUACCUCCAAAAUUGGCUAUCCUGCACCUCUAUCUGAACAUUUUCACCGAUAAAAUGCUCCGAAAGAUAUGCUACGGCACCGGAGCAGUCAUCAUCAUCAAUUGGCUUGUGGUCACUAUCGCUGGUGUUGUUUCCUGCCGACCACUAAGCUACUACUGGACGUUCCACGGAAACUGCAUUGACAUUAAUGCGUGGCUGCGCUGGGGAGGAUUCGCGCACAUAUUGACGGAUGUCGUCAUGUUGAUAUUGCCGAUGCCGGUGGUUUGGAAUCUGCAUGCCUCGAGUCGCCUCAAACUGGGUAUUUGGGUAACUUUCCUGAUGGGUAGUGUGGGCAUGGUUUCUUCCAUUAUCCGAUUCCGAGAAUUCUACGUGACUGACGUCCAAGGGGAUGUAACCUGGGCGGCCUCGACACUGGUGGUCUGGGCUGAGAUUGAGGGUGGUAUUUACCUCAUAGCAGCCUGUUUGCCUACCUAUCGGCCGCUAACGAAAUUUCUUUGGCGUCGCGUUCUGAGGAAGCGCAGUCAGACGGGCGAAUCUCUGCAUACCGGAACGGGCCACAGGGCCAGCCAACUGCGACCGGGCCUCGGGUCCACGCAUAAUGAAUCGAAAUUUCCGUGGAUGGAGGCGUCGAGAAGUGAGGAAGAUGUCUUGCGUAUGGUGACCUUGGGCAGUCGUUCAGGUGCAGAUAUCAAACCGGGGCAGAUUGUGGUGGAGCAUCACUUUUCGGUGCAUUGA